CUUACACCAGUGACCUCAAAGAUUUUAGUAUGGACGAAAUAUCCAAACGUCUUAUCAGUAGAUUGUGUUAAUAUUGUCGCAGACAUUUUAUUUUGAUAACAACUUUUGGUCAGCAAUAUGUUAGCCAUCAUCAUUGCUAGUGCCGCAUUAGGACUAGUGGCUGGUCAAGCAAAUGAAGUUGCCUUCUCAGCUGGCCUGACGCAUAACGAAGCUCUACCGAACGCAAAAAUCGUAGUGUACGACAGGAUCUAUACAAACAUAGGCGGUGCCUACGAUUCAACAUCUGGUAACUUUACCUGCCCCACUGCUGGCUACUACGUUUUUGAGUUUCAUACUUUAUCUGAACAAGGCGAGUCCUCAUGGCUAGAACUGUACCACAAUGACAAGUAUAUUCAAUCAAUUUAUGGACACACAUCUAAUGACUACGCCAGUGGAGGAAACGCAGUUGUUCUUCUCCUAGCAGUAGGAGAUAAGGUAUAUAUUAAAUCUGUAGACGGUUCGUACGGGGCUAAUACCGUUUUGUAUGGACAGACUGACGAGGUUUAUUCAACUUUCAGCGGCUACCUUGUUCAUGCAACUGAGGUAAAACAGUCGGUAUUUAUAUCAUUGGCAGAGCACGGGACUUGUAAUCUCGAGGUUGCGGUGGGUCAAGUGCCUUGCCCAUCUGUUCCUAGAGUCAAUGGACGAUUCUACGAGAACUCGUUACUGAGGAAAGUGAAAACGUUUUAUAAUAAGAAACGUCCAAGCAAAGAAUGGUCAGGAGUUCAUCAUAUACACGACAACGCCUCCACUCACAACAAUAUGUUAGUCAUCCUCUUUGCUAGUGCCGCAUUAGGACUAGUGGCUGGUCAAGCCAAUGAAGUUGCCUUCUCAGUUGGCCUGACGUAUAUCCAAGCUCUGCCGAACGCAGCAAACGUAGUGUAUGACAGAAUCUAUACAAACAUAGGUGCUGCCUAUAAUUCAACAUCUGGUACCUUUACAUGCCCUACAGCUGGUUACUACGUUUUUGAGUUUCAUACUUUAUCUGAACAAGACAAGUCCUCAUGGCUAGAACUAUACCACAACAACAAAUAUAUCCAAUCAAUUUAUGGACACACAUCAAAUGACUACGCCAGUGGAGGAAACGCAGUGGUUCUUCUCCUAGCAGUAGGAGAUAAGGUAUAUAUUAAAUCUGUAGACGGCUCGUACGGGUACGAUACCGUUCUGUAUGGAGCGGCUGACGAGAUUUAUUCAACUUUCAGUGGCUACCUUGUUCAUGCAACUUAAAAACAAAUGUAUUUGUGUACAGAUUAUAAAAAGUAUAUAUAAAAUAAAAUCUAAUACAUACA